CAGACAUCUUGAAUUCAAACAAGCUCCACGAUAAAAGCAAGUCGGAGUUUGCUGUGAUUAAACUACUAUGGCUCUACCUUUCCUGCCAGGCCAAGUUUUUGAUCGAAAGGUAAGCAUUCAAAUUAUACAAUGCCGUAUAUUUCUUGAUAUUUUACGACUGAGUUAAAACUUAAAUCUAGUAAAAUUUACUUGACUCAAAUCUCUCUUACCAGAUUGGGAAAAGCAAGUUUCACAAGUCACAAUUAUUUGAUUACCGGAAUGAUGUAUCAUCCUUUGUAGGUGAAGAUAAAAGUGGAAUUGGUAAGUUUUAAAAAUACGUUUAUUUCCUUGAAGUUUACAUCCCUUCUAUUUUAGAUCAAAACGUUGAGAGGUAACUGUAACUGUUCUAACCCAAACACAUAGUUGAAGACUUGACACAUUUACUUAGCUGUUUUGUUUCCAUUUUAUCAGGAGGAGAUCCUUUACCAGGACAAAAGUUAAAACCGAGGCACAGUGGUUAUCCAAAGGGUAUUGGUGGAGAGGCACCCGCCUGGGUUGCAUUUGACAGACAGGUAAGAAAUUCGUCAGUCAUUUUGGCUAAAUUCAGAAAUUUUUACCUCAAAUGCUUCUGCGGUUAAAUCGUGAAAAAAAUGUACCCUGACGUUCAAAAAAUGGUUUGUGGAAGAACUGCGAAGACAGAUAUCGAUCUUUAGCAGUUUAAGAGAAACCAGGGGUAUUUUUUGUUCAUAAAAACUGGUUUGCAUGAAUGUUGAGAAGCAAAACGAAGUCAACCCUACAGUUUUGUUUUACUUAAAACAAGUGAGAUAUCUACUCACUGGGUUUAAGUAAAAUAUACAACAAUCUGGGGAUACAACACAAUUUGCAUUCAUUUCUAGCAAAAGAGUAUGAUGUAUAGUACCUUAACCUUUCAACUCCCAGUACAGAUUGAAAUAGUACUUCUCCCCAUAAUUUUGAUACAUUAUCCUGCUAAAGGUCAUGAGAGCAGAAAAUUUUAUCAGCUGGAGGUUGGUAUCUUGACUAAUCAACAGAUUCUUCUCAAAUUUGCAAGGAAAUAGCAGCUGGAGGGGAGAAUUUGAUUUAAAUCUUGGGAGGAAAUGUAUGAAAAGUAUGGGAGCACUGAAAAGUAUUUGAUCUACACUCCAGAAUGACAACGCACUUGUGGGUCUUUCUUGAUAGAUUAAGUGAUACAUGUAUGCAGUGAGUGUUGUUCUUCAAACAGACACAAGAGAGGCCAACUGUAAUAAAAAAAUUGGAAAUGUAAAACGCUCCACUGACUGCUAUGAACCAGAGACCAAUAAGAAACAAGGUUACCCAUGAAGAUGGUGUUCGAUGUCUAAUUACUUGUUUAAUUGUGAAAUACAGGUUUUGUGCUUUGAUGCUUAUUUCCAAGAAGCAGUACAUGAGAAAAGAGAGGAGCAAUACAGGAUUAGAAGGUAUCAAACUAUAUUUUAGUCUUGUUUCAUUCCUUAUUUGCCUAACCAGUUAGAGUAAAUAAAAACAUCCGGCAGUCUUAUCUUGGUUUUGGUUGUAAAGCAAAGGAAAUGUAGUGUCACUUUCUGUAAAGCUUUAAAUUUGUUAUGCACCAUUAUAGCUAAUAUUAUAUUCUUUUGCAUGAUGAAUUGCUUGAUUAAAAUCUUGAUAAGAUUUUAACUGUGUUAUCUUAGAUAUUUCUUUGACCUCUCAAAUAUUGUACCUUUUUCAUGUUAGAUGCAAAAUUUACUUUUAUUUGGAGGAUGACAGUAUCCAGGUGAUUGAGCCAAAAGUUGAAAACAGUGGCAUUCCACAAGGUUUGUCAUUUUUUUUUUGAAUGGAAUGUGAGAAAUGAGUUGUGAUUACUGUUAAAAAGAAUGUUAACUUGAUUUUUGUCAUUUUUAUUCUUAAAAGGAACAUUGAUUCGUCGUCAUCGCAUUCCACUACCUCCACCUAAUGAUGAAGAGUUUUACACUGUGGAGAACUUUAAUGUUGGUCAGGAAAUCACGCUUUACUCCCGCACAUUUAAGAUCACUGUGAGUAUAUCAAGAUAUCACUGAAAAUACCACUUCCAGCAUUGUGAUUAAAACAAGUCAUUUUCUUUAUGAACUGGUCGUAAUUUCCCCUCUCUUGUUUCAACCCUUCAUCUCCCAUGGGCCGCAAGUACAAAAUCAAGCUGACAAGUGAUGAGGGUAAAGAAAAAUAUCAUUUAAGGGAUUGUUAGUUGAUCCAAUACAAAGUUUUCAAACUAACAUCAUCAGAUUUGUGUGGCAGACAAUAAGGAUUGUGAGAGGGUUAAAAUGGAAAUUUUGGGUGUCUGUCCAUCUUCAUAAUCGUAGCUAUGAUUGAGAUGGAAAAAAGCCAGACAAAGUAUAUCUUUGCAGUCUUAGAUUUACACUGACCUCAGUACAGAUGUUGAAACAAUUUUCACUUUUGAUAUACUCAAAUUGAGUUUGCUAUAUGUGUUAUUAUUGUUUUCAGGGAUGUGAUGAUUUUACUCAUAAUUUUCUUCGUAAACUUGGAGUCAGGAUACGCAACCCAGAAAACAUUCCAACAGAUCCAUAUACAGACCACCGCAAAAAGGUUUGUUUUUAGUCUGACUUAAACUGGGGUAUGCCAUAUAAACAUGCUCUCAUACAAAAUACCUUAUCUUUGAUUCUCCACUGUAAUAGGCUUGUUGUGUCAAAAUAAACCUAAUCUUUGGUGUUACUGUAUAUUUUCCAGCUGGUGGAGAGCAUGCAGCCAUUACGUCCUUAUGAGAAAGAGGACACUCUCAAGCAGUUUCUUCAGUUUGAUCGCAAUGUGUUGCGAUUCUUCUGUGUUUGGGAUGACAGUGACAGGUUAGUUUUCCCUAAGAUUCUCUGUGCAUUGGGGUUGUGCUUAUGGCAUAGAUAGUGAUAUUGUAAUGUUGGAAACAUUUAGCAAGUAUCCAAUUUUUUUCCUCACUUUAUUCUAGUAUGUUUGGUGAUGCACGUGAGAUGGAGUUGCAUUAUUUCCUUGCUGAUGACACUGUAGAGAUCUGUGAGCGUAUUCUAAACAACAGCGGUAGAGAUGCAGUGCCCAUGUUCCUCAGAAGACAAAGGCUACCAAAGGUAUUUGUCAAGAAAUUAGUCCAGAGUACUACAUAUAUUAUAGUUAACACUUAUAAGUAUGCUUGCAUUGCAUAGAUGUCUAACUAGUUUUGUAAUUAAAUGGUUAUGUUUCUUUCCAGGAGCCUACAUCAUUGCGGCAACCAGGGGAGAUUACAGGCAGAACAGUGCUGAAUGUUUUUGGUCCCAUGGGACAUGGUGGGAGAUGGAUUUUGGACAGCCUUAAGGUUAGUGUACUUGAAACAAGCCAGACAAUUGAUAAUACAAAGUGCAUGACUCAGGAAAAAAAAUUGUCUUGUCUUCCACUACCCUCCCAAGUCCUUUCCUUGUUGAUCCCUUGUGAGGGGAGAUGGCCUUGCCUAAGAACAGUUGGUUACUUCAUCUAAUGCAAUGUAGCCCUUUAUUCACAGAAGUGAUUAACAUGUUACUUCUCCAUGAUAUCUAUGCAUUAUCCAGGUAAUGAGAAUACUCAAAGUUGUCAAGUAGAAGCUGCUCUCUUGAUGAAAUACCAAAACCUUGUAACUAAAUUAAAAGGAAAUGUGUAGCAGCUAGAGGGGGAAAUCAGCAAACAGAUCUUGUUAAAGGUUAACAGACAACCUUGAACAGUUUUUCUCUCAGAAUAAUCACCAGGUACUUUAAGGCUCAUUUCUUUCAAGUAUAGAGUAGUGCCUGAUGAAUGAUGUACCUGUUUUUAAUUUUUCAGACUGGUGCAGUGUAUACAGAUUACUAUCAGGACAAUGAUCUCACCAUAGGCAGUGUUAUUAAUGUGUGGGGCCGGAAAUUCCGUAUCUGUGACUGUGAUGAGUUCACCAAAGAGUAUUACAAGUCAAAAUAUGGACUACGUAAGAUAUCAUGAGUUUUGUAUUUUAUUUUUUGGCAUUUUAUUUUAAUUAGUGUAAUACAGGAAGCUUUUCUUUUUGGAGUGGAAGCAGGAAAUUUAUAUUUCUUGUUGUCGUUUUAAGUGAUCUUUUACUUCUUAGUGCAAAAGGAACAGAACAUUGGUUAAUUUUCUCAUGUUUUUUUUGUCUGCAGAGGAAUUUGAAAGUAUCAACUUUAAAGCCGACCCAGAGCCCCUGGCACCCCGAGAGAUCCCCCCAUAUAACGGAUUUGGUUCUGAGGAAGACUCGCUGGCUACUUGUCUCAGUCUCAGACCCAAGCCCACUCGGAGAGAUUUCAAGAAGUUCAUGGAAAAAGACAGGUAAGCGAAAAGUGUUGUAGUGAUUAAGUUGUUGUAUGUAAAAACAGGUAUCAAACGUCUGAGAACAUUGAAGCAGCCCCAAAACUAGCCAAAAUGUUGUAAGAACAGCAACAGCAAAAAAAAAAAAGCUUACGAAAGCCAUUGGAAAGUUUGACUAUUUUGUUGAAGUUCUGAGCAGAACAGUAAAUCAACAGAAUAUCCGUGAUAAAAUUAUUUUAGCGCUCGAAAAGUCUCAAGUUUUCCUUUUGUGAAUUUUUGUGUCCUAUUACAGGUUUCAUAGAACGUUUCAAUAUAUUUUGUGUUUUCGUCAAUUGUGUGUGACACCGUGCUUGAUACUUACGUGAUCGCCUUGCGCGGGGAAUUGACGCGCAGCCGACCAUACUAGAUCCAUUUGCUCAUGCCCAACACAUAGACUUCUUUCAUCUCUGAAAUUAGUUUUGCACGUGGUGAGAAAGCGAUCUGGCCACAUUUCAAGCCAGCUUUUGUCUCUCAUAGAUACAAGUGAAUUCAAGCUGUGAAUCUGAACACGAAAUAUUCAACCUACUUUGAUGAUGUCAUAAAAUUAAUUUAACUCAACGGCUUUACUCUGUGAGUUGGUAGCGGCGAUUCUAUGGAAGAAAGUGUUUAUUCUAAACAGCGAAAUUACAAUAUUGACAUCGAUAAGGCUUAAUUUUUAUAUAUUUAACACGCAUUGUCUGUUUUUUUUUUUCAGACAUGGUUUGGAAAGUAAUGUUCUUCGAUUUGUUGCGCGUCUGGACACGACGCGUCCCAUUGACAUGGACAGAAGGUGAGUUUAACAACUCCAAUACAGUGCUUUGAAAAGAAUACAGUUAUGGAUAGGAUAACGCUUGGGUUACUUUUUAAAUGUUUCCCAAGAACAUUACCAGGUUUGAGUACUUAGAAGAGGUUUUUUUGAGUAAUGUCAUUCAAAACUGGUUCUAAACUUUUAUUGCGGCACAUUUGGUACAGAUAAUCCUAUUUGUUUCAUUACUCGUCUUGAAUUAACCAAGGGAGGAGAAUAAGGUCAUACUGUACAUUUUGGUUAUUAGAAGGGGCGAUUUUUGAAGGGAGGCGCCCAUUCAGGAUUUACGGUACUAGGGACCUUAAGCAGUUAUGACGGCAUGCCGAUGGAAUUAUUUAUUUAAGUAUGAAUCCAUAUUUUUAGCGAGAGUUGCGCGAAUAGCAAGAUGCGUUUACUAUCUCUAACGGGACCACGCUUCAACUUCAGAUUAACGUUUGUGAGCAGCGUUGAGUUUAAUAGGAAACUUCAAUAAUUUGCCAUUUGGGGUUUAAUUCCUCAGACUACGCGAAUGUCGGUGAUUUGACGUUGUUGUUUUGCAAAGUGAGAGGCUAAGAAAUGUACAAAGCUUCAAAACGCACGUGCUGAGCCAUUGAGUUCUCAUUAACUCUUUUGUUUUGCCACGUUCUCGUUGCUGUUGCUAUCGUGCUUGCUUAAGGUCCCAACUCUCCCUGUAGAACGGUGGUGAGAUUGAAGUGACGGUAAUGAAGAAGUACGAGAAUUUUACAUCCUUAGUAUUAAGAUUGCUUGUCAUUCCUUUUAGGUUCAUCAUCUCUUACUUUCUGUCUGAUGACACAAUUCUUGUGUUUGAGCCACCCCAGAGGAACUCUGGUAUACUCGGCGGCAAGUUCCUGGAGCGAGGACGAAUUAAGAAACCGGAUGGUGUCAAUUAUUUUAUGACUCAAGUUAGUGAUCUGUCCUACUCAGAUUGUUUUGUGAAUGCACGCUGUUAGCAAAUCCUAAUAUCGUCACCUACACCAGCAUGUCCCUUAAAUAGCCAACUUUUGCCCUGUGUGCGCUGUUUUCUGAUUAACAACUAGCAUCGGAAAUUGUUCGGAUCCAUCGCGAAGAUUGUUCGAAAACAUUUCGGAAUAUUCAAGAGUGUUCGUUUUGUACGCUUAUUGGCUUCUAAGCGUCAAAAACUCUCGAGAGUUCCAACGGAGAUUUUGUUUGAUACGGCACAUGUCCAGCGUAACGAGGGAAGGCUCUGACUUUGAAGGAAAUGUAAGUUGAAAGACGAAGCGAAUACAGCUUUUCAUUGCAUGUUUAUACGGUAUUCGAAUAGUUUCAUGUCCCAUUUAACGAUAGCAUUUGUAUUUUCUUUUCAUUGCAGGAUUUAUACAUCGGUGCUGAUGUGGCGUUCCACAACUUCCAGUUUAUUCUGAUUGACGCGGAUGAAUAUGCCGUGAAUUACAUGGAAAAGCACUCCGCAGACUUUCCCCAGGCCAACAUUCAAUUUAUUCUUCCAAAACUGAAGCGAAUUCUGGAACAAAAAUACGAAGAAAUUAAAGCCGACUUCCAGCAACACGAUCCUGGUAACGAGGGAAGAAUCCAUGGCGAUAUUUUCAGGUGAGUUGCAAAGCGUGUAAUCUGGUAUUACUUAACACAAAUGUAUACCCACCCUCCCCUCUUUCCUCCUCUUCCCCCCCCCUCCCCAUUCGGGUGCUAUGCCAGACCCCACCUGUCCCGGAAUUCGUACUCUCUUCCCUCACCCAAAAAGCUGUCAUAUGCGUAAGAUCCGAACCCCCCACCAAGAAUUUGUGUUGGGAAUUGUCAAUAUUCAAUGUCCUUAUUUUGUUGGAGGUGAAUCCAUGUUGAGGAGGGAUUUGAAUUUGAGACGACAAAGAAGGAUGGCUCAAUCAGAACGUUGAUAUUCUGGGUUUAUUUUGGGAAAGUUGAAGAAACUCUUAAAAGUUCCUCUUUUCUUUACAGGGGAAUCUUGCAGAAGUUCGGGCAAAAUCUCUUGACUGUCCACGAGCAAUUAACUGUGUCCAGAUACUUUGGUGCCUUGACGGUGAGUUUGGAGCUCUUCUACUUCGUCAGAUAAGAACUAUACUUGUAUUGAUCAAACGUGAGGCUUACAUGGCUUUGUUAGUUUAGACUGAAAUAAAGCAGUGGUUCAUUACAGUGAUUUAAACAUGAAUGGGGCUUAUAUCCAGUAUUAGGAUUUUAAAGAAAACCACGCCGGCAUUUUUUAGCACGGUAACCUCGACAGCAAUUUAAGGCCCUUUCUCUUUGAACUGUACACGACUCCCACUUGUUAUGCCGACGUAAAGAUGUCGCACCGUUAGAAACGAUAAAUGCAUUUAUCUCGUAGCAAAAUUGUUAGCAGGAAAGACAGUUCGGUUUUUUUUUUCGGCAACGUUUUCCAGUGGUUGCCGUAGUGACACCUUAAAAUCCCCAUCAUAUCCUCGGUGACCACAGCUUAGCUAUAUUGGUAAAAAGAAAGCCUGAGAAAAAAUUUGGGUGUGCAACAAUAAAGGACUAUCCCAUACACAAGGUUAAUCUUGUCUCUCCCACUCGCUGAAGUACGAGAACGGCUUAUUUGAUUUUUUUUUUCUUGUUAGUUUUCUGUCACUGAUUUCAUGGUGUUUGUGUAACAAGUGUUUGACACAUUUUCUUUGUGCUUCAGGAGAAAAAAGAUGAUUUGCAAAUAUUGGUAGUGGCAGUUCAAGAACAGCUUAGAAAAGCUAACUUUGAAGAUUUCUCUAACAUGAUGGAUUCAUGUAGACACGAGGAUGUCCUUGGGUGAGGAUACGAACCAAGAUGUUUUGUUUAUUGCUGUUCUAUCAAAUUCGUACUCGUAUGCUACUACAAUUUCUGAAAACCGUAACCGUUGUAAAUGAAAUCUUUCCUUCUGAGAUGGAAAUGAUCAUUAAAUUCAAAACCUAAAAUAAGCUUUUGUAUUUAUCGGUGAAGGGUGUGUUAUCCAUUGAUUUUAUUUUGAAAUUGUUGUUUAGAUCAAUCUAAUUCCAUUGUUGUUUUUUCAGAACUGGAUUCCUUCCCAUUCAAGAACUCCACAACGCAUGCAAAAGGUUUAACGUGCCCGCCAAGUCGGAUUUACUCCAAGCCAUUUUGGAAAGAGUUGAACGAAACGACAAGAACGAAGGGAACUAUGAACACUUCCUAAAACUACUUAACUGGAGGGACUCUCCAGGUGGGAAAAAAGCUUUGCUUCCUCGGGAAGGGGUGGGGCGAGAGUCACGUGGUAAUAAAAGAGGGUGAAAAUAGGAAAUAUUAUAGUUGAUCAUGGAGGACUGAAUUGGACUGCAAAUUCUUUGCCAGUGACUUCUUGUUAGCGUUUUCCAAGAUUUGUAGCAAUUAAAACUCAUUCCUAAAACUGUUCAUUGUCUUAGUAAACCUCUUCUUUUUUCAUUUCUACAGUCACAACCCAGAAGUUUGUCCCAGCCGCAGCUCCAGAUCCCAAGUCAAUGGUAAGAUAGUAACAUUUUGAGAUAUUAGGUUGUGUGUGAGAGGAGGGGAAAUGUUAGAAGGAAACGGAAGAUGUUAUAUUUUAGUCUCUAGUACUGUUUGUUUCAUGACUGAAAGGUUGUUUUUUAAAAAUGCAUUUGAAAAUGUUCGCUCUUCUUGUGUAUUGGAAGCUUAAUGAUGUAUUGACUGAGGAAGCUACCAUCUGAAAGGAGUUAUAUAAACGUACAGCAGGAGAAUGAUUCUGUGUGGUUUUUUUAAUGGUAUUAAUAUCUGCUUUUUACUUUGAUUGUUUAGCAGCGGGUUGGUCCGCAGGAAUUUGUAUGUUUAGUCAGCUACAAGGAUCUUUUACAAAAUCUUCUUGAGGUGGACUAAGCUUGCAUCACAGAGGAUAUUAUUCUGCCUUUACAAGGAAUUCUUCACCCUAUUAGUUGGAAAGAUUGUAUGACCCUAAAAAAAUUGUCAUGCAGGACACUAUAGCUUGCUGGAUUGCAAUAAACUGUUAUUUUUUCACCGUAUAGUAGAAGAAAACC